GGCGGCCCGGGCAGCCCGGGGACGCUGCGGCGAGGGCUCCGCUCCACGUCCUACCGCCGGGCCGUGGUGAGCGGGGUGGACCUGGACGGCUCCGCCAACUGCAAGAAGAAGAACAGAAUGUCCCAGCCCAUCCUGAAAGCCGUGGUCGAGGAUAAAGAGAAGUUUUCGAGCCUGGGCAGGAUAAAGAAGAUGCUGAAAGGCCAAGGGACAUUCGAUGGGGAAGAAAAUGCUGUUUUAUAUCAGAACUAUAAGGAAAAGGCUCUGGACAUAGAUUCUGAUGAAGAGUCUGAGCCCCGAGAGCAGAAAUCGGAUGACAAGGUGGUUUUUCACUACAAGCCCCUGAGGUCGACGUGGAGCCAGCUCUCUGUGGUGAAGAAGAAUGGAUUGUCAGAAGCCAUCAGCCAGGAGGAGAGGAAGAGGCAGGAGGCAAUAUUUGAAGUGAUCUCUUCUGAGCAUUCUUACUUGCUGAGCUUGGAGAUUCUGAUCCGGAUGUUUAAAAAUUCCAGGGAACUGAGCCUCACAAUGACCAAAACAGAGAGCCACCACCUCUUCUCCAACAUCACGGAUGUUUACGAAGCAAGCAAAAAGUUCUUUGAAGAGCUGGAAGCGAGGCACCAGAACAACAUCUUCAUCGAUGACAUCAGUGACAUCGUGGAGAAACACGCGGCCUCCUCCUUCGACCCCUACGUGAAGUACUGCACCAACGAGGUGUACCAGCAGCGCACCCUGCAGAGGCUGCUAGCCACAAAUCCAGCGUUUAAGGAGGUGCUGUCCCGGAUCGAGUCCCACGAGGAUUGCAGGAAUUUGCCCAUGAUCUCCUUCCUCAUCCUUCCCAUGCAGAGAGUCACUCGUCUCCCCUUACUGAUGGAUACCAUUUGCCAGAAAACUCCCAAGGAUUCAGCAAAAUAUGAGAACUGCAAGCAGGCUCUAAAAGAAGUCAGCAAGCUGGUCCGUCUGUGCAACGAGGGCGCUCGGAAGAUGGAGAGGACGGAGAUGAUGUACACCAUUAACUCCCAGCUGGAAUUCAAAAUCAAGCCCUUUCCACUGGUUUCCUCUUCACGGUGGUUGGUGAAAAGGGGCGAAUUAACAGCGUAUGUAGAAGACACUGGACUUUUUUCCAAAAGAACCUCUAAGCAGCAGGUCUACUUCUUCCUCUUCAAUGAUGUCCUCAUCAUCACCAAGAAGAAGAGUGAGGAGAGUUACACGGUGACGGAGCACUCGCUGCGGGAGCAGCUGGUGGUGCAGCCCUGCGAGGAGGAGCCCGGCUGCUCUCCCGGGAGGAACGCGGUGCUGCACUCGCGGGGCUCUGCCGCCCACCUCUUCAGGCUGCUGGUGCUCAGCAACCACGCGGGGGACAGGGUGGAGAUGCUGCUGGGAGCAGAGACUCAGAGUGACAGAGCGCGGUGGAUCACAGCGCUGGGGCAGGACAGCGACGGGCUGCACACGGACAGGACCACUCUGGCUCAGGUGGAGAUCAUCAGGACAUACACAGCCAAGCAGGCCGAUGAACUGUCCCUCCAAGUGGCUGAUGUCGUUCUGGUUUAUCAAAAAGUGAAUGACGGCUGGUACGAGGGGGAGCGGCUGCGGGACGGGCAGCGGGGCUGGUUCCCCAUGGAGUGUGCCAAGGAGAUCACCUGCCGUGCCACCCUGGACAAGAACAUGGAGCGCAUGGGGCGCCUGCUGGGGCUGGAAACCAACGUGUAGCGUGUUCCUGUCCCCACACCACGCUCUGCACCCGCUGCUGGGGGCUCCCUGUGGGACGGGGGCACCGGAGCCCACACCCCCUUCACCAGAGCACUGACGUUUGGAUACUCGUGUCCGUCCUCGCUUUGCCUUCCAAGAGCUCCGAACUGAAGCCUGGUUAGACCAGGAGCAGAGUGCAGCUCACAGCAGUGUCCUGGGAGCUCAGCUCUGCAUCCUUCUCACUCGUUCCAGUUCUGGCUUCAGUUGCUCCAUCCCCGCCUCCUUCUGUUCUUACUCCCUCCGUUUUUCAGUAUCCUGACUUGCUUUCCCCAGAGCUGCACAGGACACGGGACAGCAGACAUGGGCCCCAUCCAUGGAGCUGGAGGUGAAGAGCAAUGCUGGGGGUGUCCCAAAGAGCUGCAGUGGGACAGUCCCAGUACCAGCCAGGGUGUUAAUGGAAUACUUCCCACUUGUGUCAGAACCUGUGUGACCUGAACUAGAAUAACCAGCUCUGUACUUCAGGAAGGCCAACCUACCUCUCCAGUGCAAAUCCAGGGACAGCCUGGGCCUUGGCACAAGGAAAGCUGGCAGAAGCUCCAGAAGAAUCCAGAGCUGUGCCUCCAGCUGGAGUGGUCUCUAACAAACACUGUCAGGCAGCUCAGACUGUCUCCUUUUAGUUCUGCAGUGGUGAAAGGAUUUCUGAAAGCAAAAACAAGGUACCACACUCUGCAAAGCGGGUGGUGCUGAUCCAUCUUGGCCCAGGUAUUUUAGCAGAGAGUAACUGCUGGAAAUGGAGCCGAUUUGUUCCUGGUUUCCUCAGGUGUUUAACGAGCUCCUGUGGUUCAGUUACUGUUUCAGAGCAGGAGUUUGCUGGGCUGCAGGAACAUGAAGUACUUUGUUCUGGGACUGGGGGGUUUCUGCUCUUCAGUACUGGAGAUCAGUUCUUUCCGUGUUCUGCUGAACUCCAGUUACCUGCACCUUUAUCAUCCUGUGGGAUCCACAGCAGAGGGAGAGCGAAGAGCUGCACAGUUUGGUUGAGGUGCCAGGUCUCCUCUCUGUUGUGGGCACCAUCAGAGCUCGGGCAGUGCCCGAGGAACAGCCUGGCAGGAGCUGUGCUGGUGCUGCCCCGUGCUCACAGGGCACUGCACACCCCAGUGCCCCCUCCUGCUGUGUGAGCUCAGUGGGACUGUGGGAUGCAAACCCUCAUCGGGUAAGGACCAGCUGCUGACUCAGCAGCUAAAUACUGCUCACUACAAACGAGGGGACAACUUGUAGUACCAAGGCUUUCUUCUUGUUGCCUUCCCCAGCCUCAGAACAGGGGCUGGAGGUUGUUUUAUAGUCUGUAAUGUGCUGAUUUCAUUGGUGAGUGAAUUGGGUGUUUGUAAAUGUCUGUCUCUAACAAUUUAAACUGUAGUAGGAAGGCAAUAAUUUUGUACAAAAGUACUUACCUGGACGGUCUGACAGUGGUUAUACAGCCUUGUAAAUUAAUUUAAAAGAGGACUGAUAAAAUAGUAAUGACAGAAACUGUAAAUUGAACAAAGACUUAUUUAACAUAGUAAAAAAGACUGCUACUGUUUUAACAAAUUUAUUGUAUACAGGCAGAUGUUUAACACAUAACUGAAUGUAUAAAUCCAGGCAUUAAUUUUAUUCAGAUUUUUUUAAUACCUUGUAUAUAUUUUUCAUACCUAGUUUUUCCAAAAAUGCUGUAAUGUUUUUUAAGGACAUUUUUCAUUUUUCCUAUCGUUGGACACAGUUCUUCAGGAAUUAAAGACUUCUUUGAUUUUAUAGGAAAACAAUCAAUAAAAUGCUUUUAAAUUCUUACUAAAAAAAGCUUUGAAUUUUUUUUAAUGGCAUUUCUUAAAAUGCCAGUUGUUUAAUGUCAUUCCUGUCAAAGAAAACUCUUUGGGAAGCUGUCACAUUUCAAAUGUUCCUGUUCUGUAAAGAUAAAUAGCACCAUGCUGUGUCCUACUUCAUCUGCCACAGAUCCAAUUUACCUGU